AUGCCUGAGAACGGCUCCUCCGCCAACUGCCGCGAGGCGGGCGAGCUGGCAGUGCGUCCGGGCUGGCCGGGGACCGCGGCGCGGCCCUCCGGGAGCGCCCGUCCUCCGUGGGAGGCGCCCGCUCUGUCCGCCGUGCUCAUCUUCACCACCGCGGUGGACGUCGUGGGCAACCUCCUGGUCAUCCUCUCCGUGCUCAGGAACCGCAAGCUCCGCAACGCAGGUAAUUUGUUCUUGGUGAGCCUGGCAUCGGCUGACCUGAUGGUGGCCUUGUACCCCUACCCGCUGAUCCUUGUGGCCAUCUUCCAUGAUGGCUGGGUCCUGGGAGAGAUGCACUGCAAGGCCAGCGGCUUUGUGAUGGGCCUGAGUGUCAUUGGCUCUGUCUUCAACAUCACUGCCAUUGCCAUUAACCGCUAUUGCUACAUCUGCCACAGCAUGGCCUAUCACCGGAUCUAUCAGCACUGGCACACUCCCCUCUACAUCUGCCUCAUCUGGUUACUCACUGUGGUGGCCGUGGUGCCCAACUUUUUCAUGGGGUCCCUAGCGUAUGACCCACGCAUCUACUCCUGCACCUUCAUCCAGACGGCCAGUGCCCCGUUCACAGUGGCAGUGGUAGUCUUUCACUUCCUCCUCCCCAUCACUGUUGUGUUUUUCUGCUACCUGCGCAUCUGGGUGCUGGUGCUCCAGUCCCGCAGGAAGGCCAAGUCAGAGACCAAGCUGCACUGGAGGCCCAGCGGUGUCCGGAGCUUCCUGACCAUGUUCUUGGUGUUUGUGAUCUCCGCUAUCUGCUGGGCCCCGCUGAACUGCAUUAGCCUCGCUGUGGCCAUCAACCCAGAAGAAAUAGCUCCCCAGGUCCCGGACGGGCUCUUUGUGACUAGCUACUUCCUGGCUUAUUUCAACAGCUGCCUUAAUGCCAUAGUCUAUGGGCUCCUGGACCAGAACUUCCGCAGGGAAUACAAGAAGAUUGUCUCGGUCCUCUGGAACCCUGGGCACUGCUUUCAGGAUGCUUCUAAUGUGAGCCAGGCCUCAGGGCCUCAGAGCCAAACUCUACCUGUUGUUAAUGCCCAGCAUCCCAUCCAGAUAGACACUCUCUAGACUGGAUCACUGGCUGGGCGACAGAUUCAUUAAAUGGUUUUGGUGAUGAUCCAGGAACCAAGAGAAUGAAACGGCAUAGGGAAAACCCAGGAUACUGGGCCAUCUAUGUGCUCAUAUAGGAUGGUCUAAAGCUGCAGGCGCUGAUUUUAAAUAAGGACAAUUUUGCUGCAAUAGUGUGGAAACUCUAUCCAUCCUCCACAACCUUGCUCUAAAUAUCUAUUUAGGAACUUGGAUUUAUUUUAAAAAAUCUUUCCAUGAAGAUAACUACUGUCCCACAUAAUUUAACUGGUGAAUUUUAUCAAAUAUUUAAUAAAGAAAUAAUA